AAAUAGUUUACAACAGAGCUACACUGUAGAGUUCGACUUGUGCCUGUUGUUAGUGGUCUGGCUGGGAAUACAACACAGUGUUUUAGAGACCAUUAAUAACUGAUGUAUUUAAAUGUUGACAUAUUUGUGUUUUUAAAAGGCAGUUGUAGUAGUAUUUGAUUUCUGUAAUAACAAAAUAAAGCUAUAUAGACAACAACCAAAAAAACAAAUCUAGCUGCCUGCCUGCCUGCCUGCCUGCACAGGAAAUCUUCAUGGCAGACAUCUCCAUCUAGCCCUGUGCUAUAAUUGAAAUGGCGCGUUUUGCCAGAGGCAGGUUGUGAGGGCGCUUUCUGCAAUAGCAGAAUGCAUGUCGAUAGACGUCAUUUGCUUUUAAUGGCCUACAGGAAAUUUGGCGUUACAAUACGAGACAUUAGCGAGGGGAGAAAGGAAAGAGAGAACACUGCCGCAUGAAAACUGUUUAUAGAGAUCUGCAUAUUCAACAUCAGCAUUUCCUAUAGAUACUUUAUCAACAAGUUACACCGCGCUUCCAUAAUCAUAAAGUACAAGAGAUGCGAGAAACGUGCUCUGCGUUACUUAUUUGGGAACUGGAAAUGUAUGCCUAGUUGAAAAUGCCUGGGGAAAUAUUACAUCAGACGAAAUGACAAUGAUUAAAAUCUGCUUUUUUCUUCAGUAAGUCUAUUGAGCGACGUGACAGUGACCUGACUACAAUAUUAAACCGUUAUCCCCCAGCAAAGGAGAACUUAAAACCGUUAUAAUGGUUUAAUUAUUAGUAUUAUUUAUUGUUUUUAUAAAAAGUGGGGAUUACCAAAAAGGUCCAGUCUUCAUCAGUAUCCUGGGAAAUGCAAGAAAAAUAUCACAUUUUCAUCGCGAAAUUAGCUUGGGCGCGAGUAGGGUUGAGUUAAUUGUAGCCUAAUCCUUGCCCCGAAGGCGUUUGGAAAGCCUUGAGCAAGAAUUCGUUUUUAGCUCCCCUCUGUUAUUUAGAGACGGAUUAUUGGCUUUCUUCUUCUCAUAACAGCCUCGGCAGUUUCAUUUUAGCAAAAAGAAAGAGAAGAAGCUCCAAAAAAAUCGAAGCAGUCGCCAACCAUCUGAUAUUAAAAAGUCUGUAGAAAUACGAGCGGAGAAAAGGAAGGAGAGAUUUCUUCUAUGUACAACAAGGAGGGAAGAAGCAUGUCCCGUCUGUCUUUGACCCGGUCCCCCGUUUCCCCGUUGGCUUCUCAGGGAAUCCCACUCCCGGCUCAACUCACUAAAUCCAAUGCUCCGGUCCAUAUCGAUGUUGGAGGGCACAUGUACACUAGCAGCCUGGCAACGCUCACCAAAUACCCGGACUCCAGAAUAAGCCGCCUGUUUAACGGCACUGAACCCAUCGUGUUGGACAGCUUGAAACAGCACUACUUCAUCGAUCGAGACGGGGAAAUAUUUCGGUUCAUUCUCAGCUUCCUCAGGACGUGUAAGCUGCUUCUCCCAGACGACUUCAGGGAUUUCAGUCUCCUGUACGAGGAGGCGCGGUACUACCAGCUGGCCCCCAUGAUCAAGGAGCUGGAGCGCUGGAAGCAGGAGAAGGAGCAGCGCAAGUACUCCCAGCCUUGCGACUGUCUGGUGGUGCGCGUGAGCCCUGACCUGGGCGAGAGGAUCGCGCUGAGCGGGGAGAAGGUGCUCAUCGAGGAGAUCUUCCCCGAGACGGGUGAUGUCAUGUGCAAUUCCGUAAACGCCGGCUGGAAUCAGGACCCCACUCAUGUGAUUCGGUUUCCAUUGAACGGGUACUGCAGAUUGAAUUCUGUGCAGGUGCUUGAGAGGUUAUUCCAGAAGGGUUUCAAUGCGGUUGCCUCGUGCGGCGGUGGCGUGGAUUCCUCGCAGUUCAGUGAGUACGUGCUCUGUCGCGAAGACAGGAAGUCACAACCUACAGCCACCACCAUUAGAAUAAAACAGGAGCCCCUGGACUGAAGAGCCAUGAAGAAAGUGCAAAACACUACAGGCAGGCGACAGUAUUAAGACUUUUUUUUUUUUGCCAGCUGUUAAUAAAAGAAAAACAUAAACUGUACCGCUCAGCAGUACACACUGCAUUAAGGGAAUGUAAUUUGAAAAGUUGCGGUGUUGAAACAAAGUACCAUACUGAACUGGAACAAUGUUGGACUUGACUAUAAAAAAAAAAAAAAAAAGUAAAGACAAAGGACACUGAAGACAAAAACAUCAGCUCUCCAGAAUUUUAAAAUUCUGACCUGUUUCUGUGGCGAUGCACACAAUAUCCGAACAGCAAGAAGAAAUCUCAGCUGAUGAAAGACGGAACCCUCUCCCCCAUUUGCUCUUUUUGUAUGAUCCAGUGUCGGUCCAAUUUGUGCUUUCUUUGUAUCAGUUUUGUUCUGCAUCCGGGACGUCCGAGGAACUUUACUCCCAAAGCCAAGCCUCUGGUUUUGUACAACAUUUAUUUCAUGUGCCGUAUGUAUACAAGUCAAAAGCAGAAAUAUAUGGAAUUGUUUUGCUAUUUAAGUAAUGCUGACUUGAAAGGUUUAGACCACAACCAAAGGAACGGAAUUGCAAUUUCAUUAUGCAUAAAUCAGCAUUAAAAAUAGGAUGGUUCAAAAGUCACUUUAUAAGUUCACAGACAUGCUGAGGUUAACUCAAUGAAAUUCAUAGAUAACCUUGACAAUGUUAUAAAAUCCAUUGUUUCAUAAAUAUCACAUCAAAAACUGUAAGAAACAAAAUCAAAUCGACUAAUGCCUUCAUCAAUUUUUAUUAUGAAAGUAUUAGCCAAAAUGUUGGUCUGCUCGAGUCCAGUGUUACAUUAUAAAUAGGGCUACUGAUUUUCGGUUUUAACCAAUAAACACAUCCCUGGUACAAAAAAAAAAUUUAAUCGGUGUAUAGCUAAUAAACACCGAAAAAAACGGUUACUCAAUUCACAUUGACUUCACCCGUUUCCCAUUUAAAAGAAAAAGAAAACCUACUACUACUGCAAAAAAAACCUACCUUUCCCAGUGCAGCUGGGCAAUGCCCCUCCUUCUGUCCAGUUACUAUACAUAUUGUGACCGUAAAAAACGCCUAAGCAUUUUAGAAAUUAAUCGAAAACAAUAAUUUCAUACAGUAUAUAAAGCGAAAGCCCCCCCCCCCCCAAAAAAAAAAGAUUUACAUAAAACUCAUAUAGCUUAAAAAUAAAAUUAAAAAAAUGCCCAGUUGAGGCAUUUGUCUUCUGAGUUUCUUAUAGUUUUACACUCAACUGGAUUAUUCAUGGCCAAAUAUUUUAUGAAAAUAACCUGGAAAUGUAUCUUUAUUAAAAAAAUAAACGUAAAACAAAUAGAAGUAAUAGGGAGACAGAGCUUGCUUCUAUGUUUUAGAGUCAGCCAUGUUUCAGGUUAAAAAUCGUCCAUUAGCUUUUGUAAAAUCUGGAAUUAAGGGCCUUUGAUGAUUUAGUAUUUAAAGAUGUAAAGGAAGUUGCAUAUCAUUCACGUGAAAGUUUGUUUUAAAAAGUAAAAUGAUUUACUAAAUCAUAUAUGAUCAGGCACUGUUGCAUAAUUUGGGUGCAAAAAAAGCAACAAUAUUCCUCAAUAAUAAAUUAUAAAAAAAAAUGUUUCUAAUAAACUGUUUUGUUUUUUCCGUAACUGACAAAAAAUAAAACAAUUGCUAUGAAAAGUAGCUUUUAGGCCAUUUAAAAUAACAUCCUAGUAGUCAUAGGUGUACACUUUGACUUAGUAUUUAUUCAUAUCUGGCCAACUAAGAUUUUGUAUAUUGAAGUUUUGAGAUCAUGUCAGUUUUGCAUUUAAAAUGAGAAGAUAGAAGACAGAAAUGUGAAGAAAAGAAAAAAAAACAACCUUAAAACAAACAA